AAUAUUUGUAAUCUGUAGUAUUGUCUGACAGAUGUUUGAGGUUAUUAUUUAUAUUAUUUUUGUAGAUUUUAAUUCUAUGUAAUUUCUGAAUUAAUAAAGCAACUACUCGAGAAUGUCGGAACGUAAAGUACUAAACAAAUACUAUCCCCCAGAUUUUGACCCCUCCAAAAUACCUCGUAUGAAAUUACCAAAAAAUCGGCAAUAUACUGUUCGUCUCAUGGCACCGUUUAAUAUGAGAUGUAAAACAUGCGGGGAAUACAUUUACAAAGGCAAAAAAUUUAAUGCUAGGAAGGAGGAUGUUGAAAAUGAAGACUAUUUAGGUAUUCGAAUAUAUCGGUUUUAUAUUAAGUGCACCAGAUGUUUACAAGAGAUAUCCUUUAAAACUGAUCCACGAAACACAGACUAUGAAAUUGAAGCAGGCGCCACAAGGAACUUUAUGGCCUUAAAACUUGCGGAAGAGCAAGCUAUUCGCGAAGAAGAGGAAGCAAAAGAAGAAGAAGCGAAUAAUCCUAUGAAACUGUUGGAAAAUAGGACGAAGCAAUCUAAAAACGAAAUCGAAUUACUGGAGUCUUUAGAAGAAUUGAAAGAUUUAAACAAAAGGCAGCAAGUUGUCGACUAUGACAGAAUGUUAUUGCCUUAUGACACGACUCUUACUGAACGGGAACGAGAAGAGAAAUUGCAGCAGUUAGAUGAAGAAUACUUAAAGUCUGUCAAAUUUAGUAACACGCAAAAACGGAAGCUAGUGGUUGAAGAGGAAAUCAUAGAAGAUGCAGACUCUAAAGAGCCUGAUCCAAAAUCUUCCAAAUGCAAUUUGAUGAAAGAAUUGGAUAAUUGUUCAGUCAUUUCUAAUAGUUGGUCAAAAGCAGGCUCGAAACCGGCGAGUAGUAAGAAAAACGCACUUUUCGGUAUUGUCAAGAUUAAAAGCGACGCUAAGAAGGAAAAUGCACCCGACACCCAUACUGAUAUAAAGAAAAACGACAAUACUGAUGUGGCAAACGGAUUGUCAUUGUUGGGUUCUUAUUCUGAUAGUGAUAGUAAUGACAGCAACUAAAUACAAAUGUAGAUAUU